AUGAGUCAGCCGAUUCAUGCCAAACUCGAUCCGGAUCUUGACGAGAGCGACGAACCUGAAAGACCCGAUAUUCUCUUUCCGGGCAAAGCCACGAUAAACAAAGUCUUGUCGUCUGCAUCUUCCACAUUCGUGAUGAUGUCUCAAUCGCUUAGAGUAUCGCGUUGUCUCCUGGCCCGAAUGGGUCGACAACCUCUAACAGCCGCUCGUCGCACUUUCAUCGCUACCCCCAUUAGACAAGCCGAGCUCGUGCAAGACAUGUAUCUCCGCGAGGUUCGUGCGUACAAGUUCCCGCCAAGUCAGCCCUCCGAUGCCGAUGCACACGUCCAGAAGUUCAGCGCUCCAAAGCCACCUCCAUCCCCCGAGGAGGCCAACCUUGCCGCUGAUCUGAAGGCAUACGAGACACAGGAGGUUGAGGUGGAAGGUCAAGCGACCAGCAGCGAACCCGCCGUCGUCGAAGAGGAUUGGUUUGAAGACGAAGACGAGGCGCCUGCUGCUCAUUAA